UCCUCCUCCUGUUCCGUCGCCUUCAGGCUGAUGUCUCCCAGCUUCCCGGCAGCCGUCUGCUUAUACACCUGUGAGAGUCCAAACAGAAUCCUGUUAGGAGUGUUGCUGGGAUCGCUUCGAGGCCACCAGGUCGCAACCAGCAGGAUGGGGGCAUUCUCCCACCGCGGCUUCCUUCUCGAACGUGGGAUGCCUGGCUUGAAGAAUAAAUUGGUGUACCUACUUUAAAGAUGGAUGGCCCUACAACAGAGGGGGAGGAAAAAGCACCCAACGACGAGCUGGAGUGCAAAAUCUGUUAUCAGAAAUUUAAUGUCCACAGUCGCAAACCCAAAAUCCUGGACUGCCUCCAUCGGGUGUGUGCUAAAUGCCUGGCCAAAAUCCUCCAGGUUGGGGACGGCUCCCUUUGCAUAAGCUGCCCUUUCUGCCGCCAUGAGACUGAACUUCAGGAAGAAGUGGAAGGCCUCCCUGAUGACACAAACGUUAUGUCAAAACUUAUGGCCAAGGACAAAACAGCACGGAGUUCGGACUGCAAAGAAGUCGUCUUGACUCCAAAGAGUCUGGCAUCCUCAAGCCCUUCUCAGGGGUCAUCAAACUGCUUGGUAAUAACGAUCAUGGAAGUCCAGAGAGAUUCUGCUGCGAGGAGGCCGAGCCAAAACACCCUCUCAGAUUAUUAUACAAAUGAUCACAGUCUUGACUCAGCCUCUGUAAACUCCCACAGCCAACUAGACCAAGACUUUGUCUCUAAAUUCUGCACCCACAUUCCCAGAAUACUAGUGUGGUUGCUUGGAUUUUUCUACUUUGGGUCUUUGCCACUUGGAAUCUAUUUAUUGGUGAUUCAGAAAGUGACCCUUGGAAUUGUCUGCGUCAGCCUUGUCCCUUCCAGCAUCACCGUGUGUCUGGUAUAUGGUUUCUGCCAAUGCCUUUGCCAGGGAAUGUGUGACUGUUCCCAUAGGAGCUGAAUAUUUUUUUAAUUUAAAAAAUUGGAAUUUUAUAAUUUGGAACUUAUAGGCCUUUUGAGCUAUUAACAUGUACAGCUUGGAAAAUGUGAAAGUGUGUUUCCGAAAGGAAGUAUGCAGAUAUCAAGCGAUCGAUGUUCCUAACACUUUGCACUACUAUCUCAACGUUUUGCCAUGUUCUAGAGCAGUGGUUCUCAACCUGUGGGUCCCCAGGUGUAUUGGCCUAGAAAUCCAAGAAACUCCCAGAAAUCCAAGCCAGUUUACUAGCUGUUAGGAUUUUUGGGAGUUUAAGGCCAAACACCUGGGAACCCACAGGUUGACAACCACUGCUCUAGAGAAAAGCUUAUUAAACUGUGGGUCAAGACCUUGCUUGGGAUAUUAAAAGCUAUUUUAAGUGUAGUUAUUGUAUUUUAAUGAUUUUUUUACCACUCUGUUACUAUUUAAUUGUUUAAUUGCACUACUAGCUUGGGCAAUGCCCGGGUUAUUUGAAAAAAGGCAUUGUUUGUUUUGGGGUGUUAGGCAAUAUCAUUUAGUUAAUUAAUAACACUAUUUAUUAGAAAAAAGCCAGUGUUUUAAUUUUGUUGUUUAUGAAUGCUCCCAUUAUAAAAUACAUAAUGAUGUGGGUGAACUACAAUUUCCAGAAUCGUGGGUCAAUCCUCCUCAAACCAAGCCUGUAUGCAAGCAGGCCAUGUUGGGUCUGUGUGUCAAGUGUGGUCCAGAUCCUUUGUUGGCUGGGUUCAGUGCUCUCUGGAUAAGGGAGCCACUCCCAAAAUCAAGAUCCAUUCCCACAAACCCCUGCACUAUGUACAGUUGGUCAUGGGGCUUCUCUGUGCCAAGUUUGGUCUCAGUCUAUUGUCGGUGGUGGGGGUCACUGUUUCUCUGAAUGUAGGUGAACUCAAUCACGCCCAAACUCCAAACUGUAUUCACAGUCGGGCAUGUUGGGUCUUCUGAUCAAUUCCUGUUUGUUGCGUGCCAUAGGAAAUGGUAGUAAAGGGUUAAGGGAAAGGCAGUGGGUGGGGUCAUACAACUUCCACAGCAAGAGUAAGGAACUCUGGGAUGUCCAUUCUGGAGGGGAAAAAAAGAACAUCUAGGAUGAAAUUGCCCUCAAUGAAAGCCAUGAAAGCCUUCAUUUGGAUUGUGUGCAGUUAUGGUGUUUGCGGAGAACAUUGGCAGAGGUUGGGCUAACCUGCAAUGUCCUUGGAGGGAGUGCUUUAGGUGGCUCCUCAGCACUAUGGGUUAAAGCUGUUUGUGGAGGCAAGAGGCUGUCUGUGUGAGUGGACACCCCUGCCACAUACACACAGAUUUUCAUUUUUAUGAUGUGUAUAGAUUUAAACUUGACCAAGUGUGGGAUUGUUA